CGCCACAUUUACUUCUCUUUAUCAUUUAAAACCCCCCCUCUGUCUCUCCAGAGGGCAAAACCCUUCCUCUGUCUCUUUCUUUCUCUCUCCGUGUCUUUCUAGGCAAAACCCUAAUAUUUUUCUCGUUUUGGUGCAAUCGUAUCCGCGAACUUUACUAUGCUCCCUCACUCGUACACCUUCGAUUCCCUUUCCCAAACCCAAGACCUUACCUCGGCAAUCCUCGCCUCCAACACUCCUACCACAAUCUCCGCCACCUGCGCCUCCAUUGACUCCUUCCUGCACUCGCACUCCCCCGAUCAGUCCCGCCAUUUCUUCUCCAUCACCUUCCCAACCCUAAUCUGCAAACUCUUCGGCUUCGAUGACGCCACGUCACCAUCCCCACCUCCACCGCCACGAAAACUCCAGCAUCCCCAGUCCAACGGCUGGAUCGAGCUCGCCUCCCAAUCCAAUCACCCAGAUUUCUCCGCCAAUAUCUUUUCCCUCCUUUCCCCAAACGGAACCUUAAUGAACUCAAUCUCAGCCGUUGAUCGACACUCUCUAGUCAAAUACGUGUUCCCAAUCGAACGGCUCCCGGUGUGGGUCCGGUUCAUGCUAUCUAACGAAAAAGCUUGCCGGGUUUUAUCCGAUUUGUGCCGUUUGUUUAAAGGUAAAGUCAAAGAAGAUUCAAUUAAGGGUUCUCUAUGUCAAAUUCAAUUGAAUGUUAUCGAAUAUUAUAUGUUUUGGUUCGCUUAUUAUCCGGUUUGUAAAGGAAACAGCGAGAACUUGGACUCUAAUUCAGUAAAAAGAAGCAAGAAGUUUAGGUUAGAGAAUUGGACACAUUCAAUUCGGGGUUUUUCGGGGUUGAAUAAGCGUGAAAUGGACCAAAAAUUCGAGGGUAAUCUUUAUAUACAGCUUUUAUAUGCGUAUCUUCAUGCUUUUGUUCCUAUAUUUGAUUUGGGUGCUCACCAACCUUAUCGUAGUUCGAUUUUGAAUUACUCUUUGAAGUGCGAUGGUUCAGUUAUAUUUCGAGCUGAGUUUUUGGUCAACGUUUUUGUGCAUUACUGGUUGGUUGAUAAUGAUUUUUCGCCAUUGCCUGUUAAUGUAUGCAAAUCGUUUGGUGUAUCAUUUCCGUUUAGGUCAGUGCUUGGGGAGACCCCACCAACUAGCGGGUUGGGUGAGGCGGUGAAGUUGUUUGUGAAGUACUUGAAUUUGAGCUCAGUGAUAAGCACGGAUGGGUUUGGCAAAAUUGAGCAUAGUGAAAGUCCAAGCUGGAGGGUUUCUGGCGGUUUUGAUAGUGGGAAGUCGAGGGAUGUUGUUUCUUUGUGUUCUGUCGGUUCUUGGAACUCGUGGAUACAGAGGCCAUUAUAUAGGUUUAUAUUGAGAACAUUCUUGUUUUGUCCUGUGGGAUCUUCAAUCAAGAAUGCAUCCCAGGUGUUUUCUGUUUGGGUUACUUAUAUGGAGCCUUGGACAGUUAGCUUGGAUGAUUUUGCAGAGCUUGAUGCGAUUGUGAACGGAUCAAGUAAAGAUGUGAGGAAGCAGGAACUGCAGUCUGAAGCUUCUGGAUAUUUGCCAUUAUGGCAAGGCUAUGUGUUGUCUAAUUACUUAUACUACAGUUCACUUGUUAUGCAUUUUAUCGGCUUUGCACACAAGUUUCUCCAUACGGAUCCAGAAGUAAUAGUUGACAUGGUAUUGAAGGUGAUAAGCUUGUUGACAUCCUCUAAAGAGCUGGUUGAUCUGAUAAAGAAUGUAGAUACUGUUUUUCAUUCUAAACAAGCUGUAUCAAGCAAAUCAACACUCAAUAGCACAUAUAGAGUUGUUCCUUCAAUUCAGGAACAGCUGCAGGACUGGGAGGAUGGGUUAUGUGAAAGUGACGCUGAUGGAUCUUUCUUGCAUGAGAAUUGGAACAAGGAUCUAAGACUCUUUAGUGAUGGGGAAGAUGGGGGACAGCAACUACUUCAGUUGUUUAUAAUGCGUGCAGAAGCUGAGUUGCAAGGGAUAUCUGGUGAUAAUCUUUCACACGGACUUAAGUUAAUAGAUUCAUUGAAAGCUAAAGUGGGCUACUUGUUUGGUGGCUCAAUGGUGAAGCCAAUUCCUAUUUCACCUGAAUUGACACAGCCUCAGCACUUACGUGAUGAAAUCUUCAAGCCCAGAAGAGUUGGCAACCAAACGCUAGCAAAUAUCACAUACAAGGGUGACUGGAUGAAGCGCCCAAUCUCUGAUGAUGAGGUUGCAUGGCUUGCAAAGCUGCUUAUCUGGUUAUCCAGUUGGUUGAAUGAAAGCCUUGGCCUAAACUGCCCCGAAAAUACUGAUGUAGGUUCUAAGUGGUCCUAUGUGGAUGUCCCAGGUGAUGCAGCAAGCGCGAGUGGACCUGGAGAGGCCAUGAAAACUCUGGUUUGCUUAAUGGGUUCCUGGCUUCUAAUGAUGGGUGCAAUGACGGUGAGAUUAAUGAGAAAACAUGGUUUAAGGGUAAAUCUUAGGGUGCUGGCUUCCAAAAAGGUGUUGAUGGUGUUGCUCUUAUCUGUUGUGUUUAGUGUAUUUAAGAAAGCUUUUGGAUUGUUUCAUCGAUAGUGUAAAUGAAACACAAGAACAGGGAGAAAAUGGUACAUAAAAUGUGAGAAAAAAAAAAAAGGCUCAUAUUCUUCAUUUUUUUUCCGUCUUCUUCGUCGCGAGGGUGGUUUCCUUUCCUUGUACUUGUCAUCCUCUCUGUAUCCAAAAUGACAUGUGCAGCAGGAGAGAAAUUUUGCAAACGCCUUUAUUCUUUUUCCU